GCCGGGGCCGGCCCCAUCCCGCCCCGGUGCCAAGGCAACGGCGGCGGCGCGGCGGCGGGGAGGCAGGCGCGGCUCCGCUCGGCACCGGGGCAUGCGCCCGCCCGGGGCCCCGCUGCGGCGGCCCCGUCAGCGCCCGGUGGCGGAGCCCGGGCCCGGCCAGAAACAGUCGACGAUGGAGCUGCUUCCCCGCGGCCCCGGCCGUGCCGCCUGGCCGCUGACCUGCCUGGUGCUGCUCUCCCUGCGCGGCUGGCCAGGUGCGGGUGCCCAGGCGGUUCAGGACUUCACGCUGGAGCAGCCCCAGGACAACGUGGUGGUGACAGCGGGACAGAUGCUCACCCUGAACUGCACCACCAAAACCAAUUCCAUCCCUGGCCCCGUGAAGUGGCUGAAGGGCUGGGGCACUGGGAACGAGACCAUCUAUGACCAGACGGGCAACUUCCCCCGCGUGACGAGGGCAGUGAAUGGGUCCAACACGGACUUCACCAUCCACAUCAGGGAUGUUCGACCCGAGGAUGCUGGCACCUAUUACUGCGUGAAGUUCCGCAGAUCUCUGGAUGGUGAUGAGCCGUAUCUGCGUGGAAAGGGCACGGUGGUGUCUGUACGUGCCAAACCCACCCACCCGGUCGUGUCUGGGCCCGGCCACAGAGAGAAGCCAGGGCAGUCAGUGCCUUUCACCUGCACAGCUGGAGGGUUCUUCCCCAAGGACAUUGAUGUGAAAUGGCUGAAGGACGAGGCCCAGAUCUCAGCUCAGCAGCCCCAGAUCACCCUUGGGCGGACAAAUUCCUCCUACAACAUGGCCAGCACCGUGACGGUGACGCUGCAGAAGGACGAUGUCCGCUCACGGCUGGUCUGCGAGGUGAAGCACCCCGUGCUGACGGCCCCGCUGAGGGGGACGUACCAGCUCGGGCAAGCCCUGCGAGUCUCCCCCAGCAUCCGCCUGCUCCCUGACCCGCCGAGCCCUGUGGAGGUGAACAAGACCGUGAGCUUCACCUGCCACGUGAAAGGGUUUUACCCAGGAAACGUGACCGUCACCUGGCUGGAGAAUGGGACGCAGAUGAAGGAGGAAAACAUCUCCCGGCCAGAGGAGCCCCCCUCGGGCUUGUUUGAGCUGAGGAGCCAGCUGGAGGUCCAAGCAACGGAGGAGAAGAACGGGUCCGUGUUGACCUGCCGGGUGGUGCACGAUGCCCAGGCCCCCGAUGACAGGAAAACCACCCUGCGGAUCGUCGCCCCGGCCAGGGAGGGGCUGAGCGACCGGUCCCAGUCUGAUAACGGCAACUUGCUCAUCUAUAGCGUGGUGGGAGUGGUCUGCACCGUGUUGGUGCUGCUGGUGUCUGCAAUUCUUUACCUCAUCCGGGCAAAGCAGAGCAAGGGUAAAAGCUCGCCGUCUGCUCGGUUACAUGAGCCAGAGAAGAGCAGUGAGGCCGCUACCCAGAGGAGGAACCCUUGGUGUCUUGUGCAGGAAUCCGACGCCAACAACCUGACCUACGCGGACCUGAACUUCGACAGAGAGAAGAAGACCAUCCGCCGGAUGGAGAUGAACCAGCAGUCGGAGUAUGCCUGCAUCCAGACCAGUCAGGCACCCACCAGUGACGACAACCUCACCUACGCCGACCUGGACAUGGUGCACCUCAGCAAGGCACCCAGGCGACCGGCCCCGCACCCUGAGGAGACUGGCUCAGAGUACGCCAGUGUCCAGAUCCCGAAGAAGUAAGCAAGGCUGCAGCGGCUGCCAGGACCCCCUGCCCCGUGGGGAGCCACUGUGCUUCUCCCUGGGAGGAUUUUCUUGGAAGCACCGAGUGUGAUGUGAAGAUGCGCUGUGGUACCUGUGUUUUGGGGUGGAAAUGCAGCCUGUGUUACUGUGGGGGUCAGCUCCCAUCCAGAGAACUGUUUUUUGGAGGCAGCUUGGUCCUGAGGUUGCUGGCUCCAUCCCUUUGGGAUCCCCCGCAGCCACGGGGGCUGCUCAGCCUCAGACCACCGGGUUUGCCCGCAAGUGCGUGAAGCCAGCAGAGCAGCGGCUCCUCGGGAAGCUCCAGACAGGCUGGGGGGAUGGGACAGCGCCUCCACGCCAGCUCCCGUGGGGAUGCUGCUGCCUGGCCAGGCUCACACAGCUUCCCACAGCCCAGUGGGACUGGCCGGAGCCCCCGUGCUGCCUUCUGGGGGUCUCUGCCACCAGCACCUGGAAAACAAACUCUGGCUUUAAAGAAAGGACCUAAGCGUCCACCUCUCUCUUCCCAAGUGUCCCUUCUGCGGGACCUCAGUCUCGCACCAAGGCCAAUGAGGCUGGGAAGGCCGGCGAGCUGAGGCCCCCCUGCUGCGGGCUUUCCUCCAUCCUGCUGCCCAGGGAGGCUCCGUAAUGGCUCCCCAGCACCGACCAUCCUCCUCCUCCUCCUCCUCUGCACAGCCUUGCCCCACACCGGGACCCACCAGCGCUGCCCCAGGCUUGUACAAAGCGUGCAGCUCUGGGCUGGCCGGGCUGUGGGUGCCCCCGCCAGCCCGGCUCCCUUCCUGGGAGCUCCCUGCAGGUACCGUGUAACAUGUUUUGACUGUUUGACAUGUAACUGUUAAUUUUUAGAGCUAAAAACCUGAUGUUUUGUGUUGUACGUGGGUGUACUGCUGUGUACUUAACACUAGAAUAAGAUGUGCAAAAUUAAGACUGAGGCCUCAGUAAAGACCCCUAAACCUCGUAGGGUUUAAAAGAGACUUACACGACCCCCACCCCCCCACCCAGCUCUGCCAUGGGGGCCAGGCACACUCCUCCCCCAGCCCACCCCUGGGGACAAGCGUCUUCCAUGUGCCCCCUCCCUGGGACACUGCAUGGGGCCACCAUCCUGUGUUGGCUCCUGCAGCACCCGGGUGGCCUUGCAGCAGUGGGCAUGCAUGGGGCUGGCCCCCCACGGCUGCUGGUGGGGGGCUGCUGGGGGGCCUGGUGAUGCUUUGAGAAUGAUGUGACUGCCUGUACAGACUUUUUUUUUUUCUUUUUGCUUGCAAGAUAUUUUUAUAAUAAAAGUGAAGAGUCCUGUGCUGCUCCUGCA